UUUAUUUCCUUAUGGGUAAUAUCCGGAGGGGUGACGUUGAAAUAUGAGUAUAAAAGCAAGGCAAAUCUAAAAUACCAAGCAUCGCUUUAGAGGGCUAUAUAACAAGGUAAGACCUGCAUUCUAGCUCGUGUUAAAAUGAUUCAUGCGAGUGGACCACUACACCAUUAACUCUACAGCGGAAAGAUGCCUGAAUAUGAAGUGGUCAUAACCACCACAGAUCGUCUCGGUGCCAUCACUUGGGAUCAUGUCCACAUUCAACUAUUCGGGGAAGUUGGGGAGAGCAAACGCAAAGCUGUCUCUACUGAACGUUUUUUAGAAUCUGGAUCUGUCUUAAAAGGUACGGUGGACUGCAAAAUGUCCAUUGGCAAACUGCUGCGUAUUCAGCUGGACAAAACCGCCGGUCUAUUAAGAAUCAUUCCAGGGGGAUUGCUACAAACAGCAGGAGACUGGUUCCCUGCCACGGUGGAAGUCAAGUCCCCUGAAGGAGAGACCUUCCACUUCCCCAUCCAUCACUGGAUCACCAACAAUGAAGUUCAUGAGUUCAGAGAGGCCACAGCUCGUUUAGAAUUUGAUGACAAAAUGCUUUGUGUGAGAAAAACCAGAGCGUAUGAGUUGAAACUGAGAAAGGAACAGUAUCGGUGGAACUUUUAUGCAGAGGGGAUUCCUCACUGUAUGAAGAUUGACAAAGAUCAUGGUCUGCCUUACGAGGUCCGGUUCUCCUUCACAAAAGAAACCGAGUUUCGAUUCACCGCUUUACAAGGGCUGAUAGAGCUGAAACUCAACGGACUAGCGGAUUGUAAAGAAGAGUGGAAGAGCAUUGAUGCCAUCGGCACCGCCUCCCACAAAGGAACUCCACUGUCUGAAUACGUUCAGAAGAACUGGAAGGAGGAUUCUCUUUUUGGCUACCAGUUUCUAAACGGUGUCAACCCAAUGGUGAUCCGUCGUUGUUCGGAGUUGCCGGUAAACUUCCCUGUCACCGAUCAAAUGGUGUUCCGCCACGGUGGGAGGAGCCUAGCAGAAGAGAUGCAGAACGGCAACAUAUUCCUGUGUGACUACAAAGUCUUCACAGGAUUGAAAGCAAACAAGGUUAAUGACAAGCAGCAGUACCUGAUGGCCCCACUCGUCCUGCUCCACAAAACCCCUGGGGAUCAGCUGAUGCCCAUAGCUAUCCAGUUGAAGCAGGAACCAUCAAAGGACAACCCCAUCUUCUGUCCUACCGACUCAGAGUACGACUGGUUGUUGGCCAAGAUGUUUGUCAGAAGUGCAGAUUUCCAGGACCACCAGCUUAACUCCCACUUGCUCCGCACUCAUCUUCUGGCAGAAGUCUUUUCUGUCUCACUCCUGCGUAACCUCCCCAUGGUGCAUCCACUGUACAAGCUCCUGGUUCCCCACACUCGCUACAACCUCCAGAUUAACGCCCUGGCCCGAAAACUACUCAUAUCUGACAGUGGAAUUUUCAAUACGUUCACCUCUUCUGGUGGAAAGGCUAAGCAAAAAAUCCUGCAAAGAGCCAUGUCAUAUAUAACCUACAAAUCGCUCUGCAUUCGGGAUGACAUCAAGGAGAGAGGGCUGGAGUCUGUGCCCCACUUCUACUACCGAGACGAUGGCUUCAAAAUUUGGGACAUCAUCAAAAGGUUUGUUCAGGGAGUGCUUGCCUACUACUACAAAGAUGACUCUUACGUCAAGCGAGAUAUGGAGCUACAGUCCUGGGUUAUGGACAUCUUUGUUCAUGGAUUCCUUUACCGGCCGAAAUCUGGAAUGCCGGAAAGCUUGAACACUGUAGAUGAGCUGGUGAAAUUCGUCACCAUGGUGAUCUUCACCGGUUCAGCCCAGCACGCUGCAGUCAACGCCGGCCAGUUUGACUACGGUUCAUGGAUGCCCAACACUCCAACGACCCUACAGCGCCCCCCACCGACCACCAAGGGAACUGCAAAUGAAAGCUCCCUCCUGGGAACUCUCCCUGACGUGAACGUCACCGUUAAUGGCAUCUCUGUCGUGUGGCUGCUCAGCAAGCAGUCCAGUGAUUUUGUGCCCCUUGGCCGCUACCCUGAAGAGCAUUUCUCUGAAAUAAUUCCACGUCAUCAGAUAAAGCUCUUUAAAGAGGAGCUUGGACGUUUAAGUUCAGAGAUUAAAGCCAGAAACUCGGGUCUGAAAAUCCCGUACACGUUUCUGGACCCAGCGUUGCUGGAGAAUAGCGUAGCCAUCUGAGUAGCGGAGCUAAGGGGGGCAGGAGGGUCUGGUGGUCCUGGGGGUGGACUCCCAGAAGGGUUGGGUUCAAACUCCAUUGUCUACGCUAUCUGCUGCCUGCAAUAUUUUUUAAAUUUUAAUAAUUAAAUUCUCAAAUCUUUAGAACUUUGAGGAACAAUAACUGAUAAUAUGUCGAAAUGUUUGUUACUCUGAAAUUGUUGGUUCCUGAAUUUUUUUUAACAUUAGCCAAGUGUUGUACAUUGGAAAUACUCCAUUGUGAAUGCUUCAUUACUUCUGCUUAUGUACCUCCCUCACCACUUUUUAUUUCACUAUCCUGCAUCACUUUUACUUGCUAAACACAAUUCAUUCAUGUUUAGUUUUGUUAUAGGUCAGUUUGUUGUUUUCAUAUAUUAUUAUAUCAUUGUGGGGAUCACGACCGUGGUCGCCAAGUGCCGCAACAGAUCCUGGGAGGGUCGGCGGCACCACCAGGAGGCAGUCGUCAUUGUGGGGGAUAGUAUGCGUGUGUGGUGUGUUUAAUGAAAGCAACUCUCAGGGCAACCAGAGUUGCAAACUCCAAUAACCUGGGCUCCAGUUUGGUCAUUCCCGUUCUGCUCCACAUUAUUAUUAAAAACAUAUUUUUCUUCACAAAAUGACUGUUUUUUUUUGGACGGCGGACUUUGAUGGGGCUCAGCCUUUCUCUGGCGGAGUUUAAGCCCCCACCAGCUACGGUCUUGUGAGUUCCCAGACCAAAGAGACGAAAUGAAAAUUAGCCACUGGCAGGUGCUACUUAACCACUUUGGUGACUGUGUUACAAUAGACUGCUGCAGAGAUGUCUAGUGCAACAGUUUAUGGGCCCAGUCAUGCAGGACAAAGAUGGUUCAGACUUUGUUCGACGGUGAUGAGAACAAUUUUGAACUCUGGGAAACUAGGUUCCUCACGCACAUGGAGCUGUGCGGCCUCAGAGAAGUUAUCUCGGAGGACCCGGAGAUAGAUGAGGACGACGAAGCAGCUCUCGCGGAAGAUGAGGCAAAGAAUAGAGGCAUAUGCAGAGCUAGUGCAAUGUCUAGACAACAAGAGUUUUUCAUUGGUAAUGAGGGACGCGAAACGUGAAUGAAGAAGAGCACUGGAGAUUCCUCGCGAGCACUACGCGGGAAAGGACAAACCCUGCGUUGUGAGUUUGUAUUUUCACCUUUCCUCGCUCCAUAAGGCUAGCAAUGAAACUGUCACUGACUAUAUCAUUACAGCAGAGGCUA